AUGGUAACUACAAUCUUUAUUAUAUUUUUGAUUUUAUUGAAUUAUAAUGAGUGUAUAAUUACAAAUAAUGGUGAAUCUAAGAAGAAAAUCAAGGAUAUUAAAUAUGCAUCCCAAUUUCCGAGACAGUAUAUAUAUGAUGGUGGUAGUAGUUUUAGACAUUUACCAACAACUAUUUUACAAGAUGAAUUAUCUAGUGAAUCUUUACCUAUUAAAGGGGAUAAAAAUAUAUCUAGAGGAAGUAAAUAUAAAGGUAAACAUAAGGAAGUAAUAUAUAGAUAUGUUCAUCCUCCAGUUGGUUAUGAGAAAAAAUCACUUGAGGCUUUACAAAAACAAUUGGAUACAUUAACAGAAGAAAAUAAAAAUUUAAAAAAUGAAAAUAAGUUAUUAAGUGAGAAAUUACAAUCAUUAAAGGAUGUGCCAAAUAAAUGUGAAGAUCAAUUUAAAAUAAAAAAAUACAAAAGUGAUUAUAGAAAAUGUAAAGAUGAAUUAAAAACUUUAAAAAAGCUUAAAACACAGAAAUCUACUGACACUGAUAGAUUAGUUUCGGAAAAUUCUGAUCUUAAAUCUCAAUUGGAGAAAUUAAAGAUGAAAUUGGUAAAUAUCGAAAAUAAUAACUUAAUAAAAUCUAAUUUAGAAAAUCAAAAUAGAGAUAAUGUAGAUUUAAAUAGAGAAUUAGUAAAUUGUAAAUCACAAAAUCAAGAUCUACAAAAUGAGAUAAAAGAAGUGAAUAAAAAGUUAGAUGAAGUGAAAAUAACUAGUAAACAGGAACUUCAGAUGAGUACUCAAAUAUUACAAAAUAAUUUUAUACAAAAAGAAAAAGAAUUGAAUGAUAUCAUAAAUAAGAAUAAAGUAAAUGUUCAAAAUAUGAGUGAAGAAAUAUCUAAAUUAAGGACUGAUUUAUUAAAAGAACAAACUAUUAAGAAUAAAGAUAAAGAAGUUUUUAAUCUUAACAAAGUUAUUGAGGAACUUAAUAAUAAAAAUAAGAUUUGUGAAGAAAAAGUGGUAAAUUUAGAGAAUGAAAUAGGAAUAUUACAACAAAAAAAUUUGGAUUUAAGUAAUAAUUUGAGUAAUGUACAAUUAGAAUUAGAUCAUACUAAGGAAAAAGUUAUUCAAACAAAAGAAUUAUUGGAAACUGAAAAAUCCAAAACAAUAAAUUUAGAAAGUUUAUAUAAUGGACUUAAUGAAAAACAUAAACAAGCUUUAGAUGAAAUUAAAGUUGCAAAAACUAACAUAGAGCAAGGUGCUAGUUCUGAAUUAGAACUUAAAUCUAGUUUAUUAAUAUUAGAAAAUCAAUUAAAAGAAGCAAAUUAUGCUCUUAGUCAAUCAGAAAGAUUGAAAAGUGAAGGUUUAAGUGAAUGUGAACGAAUUUCAAGUGAACUAAGAACACAAAUUAAGAUACUAGAAUCUCAGUUAGUAGAUACUACAAGUGUAGUUAAUUAUAAAUUAGGUGAAAUUGAAAGUUUGAAACAGAAAGUUAAUGAAUGUACUAUUAAAUCAUCAGAAAUAGAAAGUGAGUUUCAAGAAAAGCUUAGAUUAAUUUCAACAGAACUUAAAAAUGCUCAAAAACAAGUUUUAGAACAACAAGAAAUAUCAAAAAGAAUUCAAUAUCUUGAAUCUGAACUUCAGAAGUGCAGAGAUAACUAUCGAAAUAAUCUACAAAUAAAUAUUCCUCCAGAAGUUAAACAAAAUAUGGAUAAAUUAAUUGCUAACCUCCAAGAAAUACAAUCAUUAGAUAAUCAAGGUUUAAGACCAGUAAAAACUCCACAAUUAUUACCUAAACAUCAAUCUGAAUCUGAAUUUAAAAAAUUUGUUUUAUUAAAUGAGGAAAUCCUCAAACUUAAGAAUCUUAAAAGUUUUUUUUUGAAAAAUAUCUAUGGUAAGAAAAGAGAAUAUGAAGGUAUGGAUUUUGAAGAUGCUUUUCAACAGUGGUCUACUCAAAAAGAUCCUUUUCCAAAUAAGAAUAUUGAAAGAUUUAGACGUGUUAAAUCAAUAUAA